UCGCUGUACCGAGGAAAGAGACGGAGACUGAGAGAGACGGAGGGUGAGACAGUAGAACCGACACCGGCACCGGAAUAAACACCGCACACACGUCACCACGCCGCGCGCUCACCGCAGGAUGUCUCACGCGCACACUGGAGGAUGACGGAGUGACGGAUUGAGGGAUUAUGCUCGGUGCAGGAUCGGUGUGCUCGCGCUGCGCAGUUGGACAGGUGUGUUACCUGUGGCGGGCUUCCCGCUUUCCCCUUCCGGCUCCGGCUCCGAUAAGAACCGCGCCACGCGAGCGCCGGUUUAUUCCGGGUUAAAGGUGCGGCUCGGAUUUGGACAGCAGCAGCAGCAGCAGGAGGAGGACGGGACAUACCGCCUCCGUUAACACCGACAGCACAGGCGCGAGACAAUCGGGCCUGUGUUAGUGACAUAAACACCCUUUAUUAUCGUGCCUCUGACGCAGCGCGGAACCGGACACAGCCGGAACCAGACCGGACCGCGGACAUGGCGGAGUCACUGCCGGACCCCGAGGACCAUCAUCAUCAUCCUCCUCCUCCUCCUCUUCCUCUUCCCGCACCACCGGAGAACGGCUUCGUGACACCGGAAGCGCCGUCUCCGGGUCUGAUGCUGUCGCGCGUGGACGGCUGCGUCCUACCUUUCCUGGGCGGGUUCGGUCGGUACCAGAAGCAGCUCGUGGUGCUCACGUGGAUCCCGGCUCUGUUUAUCGGCUUCAGCCAGUUCUCUGACUAUUUCCUGCUUGCGCAACCCAACAGCACAUGCCUGCGGACCAUCAACGGCACCUGGGCGACCGAGCACGAGACCACCACGGCGAUGACCACCGCCAUGACCUCCGCUCCGUUUUUCCCUCACGCGCUUCACACCGCGGCAGUGAGUAACGGGAGCGCGCGAGCCUCGGAGCAUUGCGAGUGCGAGAAUGAGACAUGGACGCACGAGCUGCUGUCAGGACUCACACAGAAUGUGGUGACCAAGUGGAAUCUGGUGUGUGAUUCUUUGUGGAAGGUGCACAUUGCUAAAUUCUCCCUGCUGGUUGGUUCCAUAUUCGGAUACCUGGUUCUCGGAGUGCUGGCUGACUGGUUUGGACGUCACGCGGUGUUGGUGGUGUCGGUGUUCUUCACACUCGUGUUUGGUAUGUCUGUGGCCUUCUCCAUUAACGUCACCAUGUUCAGCACACUCCGCUUCUUUGAGGGCUUCUGGCUCGCUGGGAUCUCCCUCUCCCUCUACGUCCUGAGAAUUGAGCUGUGUCUGCCCGGCUGGCGUUUCUCCAUGACCAUGGUUGCUAACUUUGUGGUGUUAGCAGGGCAGUUGUUAAUGCCGGGGCUUGCUGCCUUGUGCUCUGACUGGAAGAUCCUGCAAGCCGUCAUCAUCUGCCCCCUGUUGCUAAUGCUGUCAUACAUAUGGUUAUUUCCAGAGUCUCUGCGCUGGUUGUUAGCGACGCAGCAGUACACCCGCUCCAAAUGGCUUAUUGAGCGCAUCGCUAAGAAGAACAACACAAACGUGGACACACACGAGCUGAUCACAGAGCUCAACAGGGUUUUGGAGAAGCCACCGAAGAAGACAUGUAUAGUGAAGAUGGUGGGCACAAGGAACCUGUGGAAGAACAUUGUGGUCCUGUGUGUCAACUCGUUAACUGGUUAUGGGAUCCAUCACUGUUUUGCACGCAGUAUGAUGGAUCAGAACAGUGAGCGCGUCACCAUGUUCCAUAACUUCUAUGCUGAUUAUUAUACGUUGGCGGGAAUCGCUGUGGCAACGGGCCUCGCGCUGUGUCCAGCAGUGGGAAUUAUGGGACGUCGGGGGGGUUUACUAUUGUUCAUGAUCAUCACUGCUCUUGCAUCACUACUGCAGCUCGGCCUGCUCAACUUGAUUGGAAAAUAUAGUGUCCAGCUUAAGAUUGAGUCAGAAACUCUGAAGUCAGACUUCCACGUGGCGUUCUCCAUCAUCGGCAUGUUCUCCUCGCAGGCUGUCAGUAAUCUCAGCAUCUUUUUCUGUGCAGAGAUCACCCCCACUGUGAUCAGGGGAGGAGGUUUGGGUCUGGUGUUAGCGAGCGCUGGGUUCGGGAUGCUAACGGCACCCAUCAUGGAGCUGCACAAUCAGAAAGGCUACUUCCUGCACCAUGUGAUUUUCGCCUGCUGCACACUCAUCUGCAUCAUCUGCAUCCUGCUGCUUCCCGAGUCACGCCACCAGCCCCUCCCAGAGUCUCUGUCCGAGGGCGAGGGCUAUACCCGCCACCCCCUGCUGCCCCCACACAAGAAACCUGCUGAACAACGUCACCUGCUGCUUGGCCCCCACAGCCGCAACUAUGCCAAUGAUGAGCAUGCCAAUGACUGCACUAACGACUACUCCAAUGUCAGAGGCACGCCUCUGCGAGAGGUUGCCAUCUCCACUGUUGAGUCCACUGCCUCAUCCACCGUCGCCCCUGAUGACGACCCUGGUGACGAACUUAAUGCUGUGAAACUUAGAGUCCUCAGGCAACUCGACAACUCGACACCUACAACAACGGAUUCACUUCCUGAUCUCAUUGUCAAUGCCCCACCCCCUGAUGCUUCAGAAACCCCCCCCACUCUUCAAAGUAGCCCCUCCCCAGUCAUUCUAGACUGUGAAAACGCGCCCAGAAUGGACGAUGAUGUCACCGAGUCUCCAGUAGGUUCUGCCGUAUCUGCUGUCCUUCCUGAACUCGUAACACCACCCAUUACAAAUGUAGCUCCACCCACACUUUCAUUCUGCCCCCCUCAAUCCUCUUCCUCUCCUAUAGAUUCUGAUCCUCUGCUGUCCCCACCCCCUCAGUCAGGCUCCACCCCUUCAGAGCCUCCUUCACCAGCCACUUUAGAUGAAACUGUGAUACGGUCAUUACCUCUGACUAUGACAGAUCCAGUCCCACCCUCUAAAUUGGACUCAACCAUGUCCUCUCCCAUAGACUCAGCUGUGGACUGUACCAUCAGCGCUGCUAAUGAGGGAGCAUCAUCCUGACUGGCGUCAACAUGGUGGUAAUGUUUCUCAAAUCCUUUGCCUUUGGCUGCUUCCCUCGAGCUGCUGCAAAGGGAUUUACUGACAUGAACAAAAGGGAGGAGCCUGACACCACAGGGUGCUGACUGGAGGAAAUCUACAUCACCAUCUAUAACACUGGAGUCACUGCUGCUGAGUGACCGUGAAGUGAAAAACUCAGAGUAGUGAAACUAACAUUUUACUGACUAAGAGAAAUGGCAGAUGUGGAACUGGCCACAUCCCAAUUCACUGGAAACUAGUUUUAGUGUACUUUUUAUUAGUGUGCUUUGUAAAAAACAAAAGUGCUAAAUGUGACAUGCCCCAAAGGGAAAUUUUCAUUAGCCAAAAGUUGUUUGGUUGUGUGUGUGUGUGUGUGUGUGUGUGUGUGUGUGUGUGUGUGUGUGUGUAGUGCCAAGCCUGAAAGUCUCAAAACUGUCAAACCUGAAUUUAAACCCUAUCCACUAAACCCUAAUCACUAAACCCUCAAGAGUGAAUCGGAGAAUACUAAUCACUAAACCCUGAAGAGUGAAUCACUGAGUACUAAUCACUAAACCCUCAAAUGCGAAUCAGAGAGCACUAAUCACUAAACCCUCAAGAGUGAAUCAGAGAGUACUAAUCACUAAACCCUCAAGAGUGAAUCAGAGAGUACUAAUCACUAAACCCUCAAGAGUGAAUCACAGAGCCCUAAUCACUAAACCCUGAAGAAUGAAUCACAGAGCCCUAAUCACUAAACCCUGAAGAAUGAAUCACAGAGCCCUAAUCACUAAACCCUGAAGAGUGAAUCACAGAGCCCUAAGCACUAAACCCUCAAGAGUGAAUCACAGAGCCCUAAUCACUAAACCCUGAAGUGAAUCAGAGAAUACUAAUCACUAAACCCUCAAGAGUGAAUCAGAGAGCCCUAAUCACUAAACCCUGAAGAGUGAAUCAGAGAGCCCUAAUCACUAAACCCUGAAGAGUGAAUCAGAGAAUACUAAUCACUAAACCCUGAAGAGUGAAUCAGAGAAUACUAAUCACUAAACCCUGAAGAGUGAAUCAGAGAAUACUAAUCACUAAACCCUGAAGAGUGAAUCAGAGAAUACUAAUCACUAAACCCUGAAGAGUGAACCAGAGUACUAAUCACUAAACUCCUCUAUAACCUUUAAAUCGUUCAGAUGGACCAUCAAACCCUAAACCAGUGGUGAUUAAUUGGCCCAUUAAGGUAUUUCACUGGACUGGACCAAGUACUGGAAAAAUACUGAAACAGCUGAUAAAUGUGAAAAAGUUUGUAGUUUCAGUGACUUCAGUUCUCUUAAGAUGAUCCAGUGUGACCUCUGUAGUAGAUCUGUUUCAGUUUUAUCCAAUCACAUGCGUGUCUGUAACUGAUUCAGCUGAAGAAGCUCGAGAGAGAGAGAGAGACAGGAACAGAAGAGUUUUCAUUCACUCUCUCAGAUCUGAUUACUGAAGUGAUGGUCUGACUUUACCUUCACCAUGAAAACAGAUGUUUAAAGAGGAAUAAACGGAGAAGUGUUUCUUCUCUCCCAGUUCCAGUCAGCAUGUGGGUGUUGUGACAGGUUGUUUAUUAACACUGGAAUGUACAGGUACUCUCACGGCUGUGUGUGACGCUGUUACCGCUUUCAUCUUCAGUAAUAUCUUUCUCCUGCGCAGAGUCACGCUCAUGUACCUCAACCGGCUUUUUAUCCUCGCUCCUACCGUUUACAGUUAUAUAUUUAUAAAAUACUAGUUUGUUGUAUUUUGCAGAACAUUUUGUUAGAAAAUUUCGUGGUCAGGGACAAACAAAAGUAAUAACAGUGGGAGUGAGUGGGAGUGGAAUUAAAACACACACACACACACACACACACACACACACACACACACACACACACACACACACACAAACAGCUCUGUUUCAGAGCCCAUGGUGUGAGUUUAAAGUCUUAAAAUCAAGCACCAGUUAGAAACAAAUUAGAAUGGUUUAUUGUUUAUUUAUAGGCAUUAACUAGUCACUAAUGGUGCAGCAUUAAAAGGUCAGUAGUGUUGUCACUCAGUUCCUGAUCUGGAUCUUUAGAAAGGAGGAAUUUUAUGCAACUGGACCUUCACACAUUUUAGUACUGGACUAAACCAUUAACCCCUGACUCUGACCACUAAACCCUCACUAUACUCCACUUUUUAAGUACUGAUGAAGGGAUAGUGAAUGCUGGAGUAACCCCUAAACACUAACCCCUAAACACUAACCCCUAACCACUGUGUUGUAAAGGGAGGGAUGAUGUAAUAAAGCAGAAUGAGACUCCUAAUGCAGGUCAAAGGUCAAACCCUGGGGAGGUGUGUGUGUGUGUGUGUGUGUGUGUGUGUGUGUGUGUGUGUCUAGCAUCAGAAUGUUUCUGUCCACAUCAGGAUGUUUCUGUCCAUGUCACACCUUAUCACCACAGCAACAGAGCAUGUAAACAUGAUGUUGAAGCUAAAGUGAACUAAUGUAAACACUCAUGAUAAUGUAACACACGUGAUGAUGUAAGACAAGUGUGUCAUGGCUUUAAAUGGAUUUUUUUUUAUAUAAGGAAUGUGUAAAUAUAAACACAAACCGAGGGGGCGUGGCUACUUAGGAAGCAAUAAGGUAUUUAUUUACUGACAUUUUACUGCCAUGUGAAUUUUAUUUGAUCUUUUAUAUUAAUGAACAUGGGCGCAUGGAUGGGAUUCACCUCCAGUGUAUAAAUACCGAUAUUAACAUAGUAAUUUACGUAUUUUUCCAGACUAUAUGAAGACGAGUCGCAUACAUGUUUAACUUGGAUUUCACUUUAAUUAGCUUUAACUAUUUUGCUAGCAAGCUUGGCUUUGUAUUUUACAAACACAAUCAAAUAGUUUACUGAAUGUUAGCUAGCGUAGUACCGAACUUUCUAAUAUUAGUCUAGGUGUAGUAUUUUAUGAGAAACUUAAACAAGUUUUAAAACUUGGUGGUGAUGUUACAUGAUCAAGUCUGUGAUUGGCUGAUUAGAUUCGACGUAUGCUCUUUUUGACCCAGAGAUGCUAUUAUAUUAUAUUAUAUAUAUGAUAUUGAAGCUUUUCAUAUUGCACUUUCUCUCCAAUUUGGUCUCCUGCCAGUUCCCACCCACCAGCCAGCUCUCCUGUAGUACAUGAGAGCUACCAGCCAGGGAGCGUGAAGGCUAACGCACGCUUCCUCUGAGACACGUGAAGCCAGCCAAACGCAUCGUAACGAACUGCUGCUCACGCAGCACCAAGGGGCAGCGUAACACACUCGGAGGGAAACGCUUUCCACCCUCUUCCACAUAUAUGAGUGAACAGAUACCCACGAUGGGCUAGUACUGCUGUGAUUGACAGGAGAGAGAGCGUAUGCCCCUCCCACACAGACAGCAUGGACUGUUUUACUCCAUUGGCUUCAGGCCAUAGAUGGCUGCGGCAUCCUCAGUAUUCAAACUUGUGAUAUUGUUCUUUUUCUUUUACAAAUCAGAGACACUUAUAGUCGGGAAAAAUACGCUAAUUUGGAAUAAUUUUGGAUUUACUGCAUCACAUGGAAGAACAGAAAGUGGAAAAAUGGAUCUGUAACUGUGGUUUGAUUUAAUAAAAUACCACGAGUAUUGUUUUAGCAGCAGGGAAAUGAAAAAUUGAAAAUAUAUGAUUAGCCAGUGUUUAAUAUUUUUUUGCCAAACUCACACUUAUGGUGUUUUUUCCCCCUCAAUUCCAUGAGGACAGUGUUCAUGUGUCAGAGAUAAUGUCAUUAAUAAAGAGCAAAAUCAUGUGAAAGAACAGUGCAAACAUAA